AUCUAUCUAUCCAUCUAUCCAUCUAUCCAUCUAUCCAUCUAUCCAUCCAUCGAUUUCCUUCCUCCAACCAUUAUCAACAUCAACAUCAACAUCACCCACCAACUGAUUUCCGAGGAUUCUACUUUCUUUAUUCUCUCAAGAAAUCCAUCAAUUAAAUCCACCUCCAGUUUUUUAUUUUGAUUUUCUUCUUGGAAGGAGAGUGCAAGAGAGAGCGAGAGAGAUAUCCACACGAAUCCCAUCGGAACCCGGGAACAGCAAGAAAGCAAGAAAAAUAAAAGACGAAGAAGUUUGAAUGAAUCAUCUCAUAAUCAAUUUGUUAUUUGCUUAAUUUGAUUGAUUGAUUGAUUCAUUCAUUCAUUCAUUCGUAUUCUUCUGCAUACAAUUAAUAAUUCUUGCAAGAUCGUCCAUUCAAUCAUUCCCAUACACCAUAGCAUCUCCGUACAAAUCACCGCAUAACCCUACUUCCCGUUCCUCCUCAAAUAUCCAUCACCCCAUACCACAAAAGCACACCACUUUCCAACUGCAUUCAACAACAUCAAGCACAAUCACAAUCACAACCACAACCGCAACUACAACCGCCACCGUUUACCUCGAGAAAGAAACGGAUUGUUAAAAAGUCACCAUCGAAUUUGAGACUUUUCACAUCUGAGACCUUGGACGAAGAUUUAAACAUUACCUACAGCCACUCAACAUUCCCAUUCGAGACACUCAGUGAAUAAACUUUUAACGCCUCCAAAUCAAAGCUUCGCCGCUUUCCUCAUCAAGACUGACUUGGAUUACGAACCGAAACCGGACAAUAAUUUCUCUACGCAAUCAAUAAAAUCUUUCCCAUCUUCCGGAUAUUUUUGGGGGGAGAGAACGAAAAGCUUCUCGAGUAGUUGCUUCCAUCAAUCGAAAAAAGAUUUCAUCCAUCAGAUUUAGACAAGAACGAAAUAGCUGGAAUACGCAUUUGUUCUUUCUGAUCCGACUCUUUCUUGCAAUCCCGGAGGUAUUCUUUUUUGGGGCAUUCUGGGGUAUUGAAGAAAAUAUCCCAUUUUCUAAAUAUUCCACAAUUGUUAAGGAUUCAUUGGAAUUACUUUUCAAUACUUAAUGAUAAGCAGAAACUAGGAUUGCUACCUUCGACAAACACCCCUUCACAUCGCUCAGUCGAAUAGUCUUUUACCCAACCUAUCCAUUAUCUUGCCCGAGCAAGAUCAGAACGAAAUCAAGGUUAUCCAACAAACCUUUACACGUCGUAGGAUGCCUUACACUCCACCUUCCCAACGGUCUCCUGCCACCUCUACCACUCACUCCCCUGCCGUCUCGAGACGCUCUUCAUAUCAACUUAACCACCCAACCCCAUCUCCCAGACCAGAGUUGCCCAGAUCCACUUCCUACCUGACUAGACACAGACGUACGCCUUCGGUUAAGUCGACAGCUUUCGCACCAACACUAGAGCCAACCCCCCCUGGUACAGCAGAUGGGGAGAAGGGUCCCAGCCAUGAUACAAAUAGCAGCUUGAUUGCCUCGAGCAGUCUUCGAAAAUCACCCCCACCUGUAACGGACGAAACCAAGAUGCCUAUCGGAGUAGUCAUGUCACCACCAGAUUCCACUCAGAACUCUGAUGAAGAGGAUAAUGGGUUGAGAGGGAGGAAGUUGGAGAACCUCGAGGAGUUGCAAGCUGCCAUUAGAGUUAUCGAACAGCACCGAGAGAGCUCACCCAAGAGAGCGUCAUCGGAGAUUCAAAAGCUUACCCAAGCCAUAUCACUUCUACCUAUCAAGGAUACAAAGGAUCUGAAAGAUAAGCCAACGUCGGAACACGUCGAGACCACUCAACCUCCGAGGAAACUUCAACAUCAAAGAUCGAGCACUGAAACAGUCUUCCUCGACUUUAGAAACAACCCCAACAAUCAGUCAGCACCAGAAACACCCACCACAGGAUCUGAUGAUGAAAUGAGUGAAGAUGAAGAGGCAAUGAUUAGAAGGAAACCUCAGAUGCUCAGAAAGAAAUCCGGAGAACUCGUUCGACCAGCUCUUCGACCAUCUUCUGCCAGAAGACGUCCAUCAUCCAUGCCUGGUACCCCUACCUUCUCCAAGGCGGUUCACUUUGAUUCACAUCUUGAACACGUCCGUCAUUUCCUUCAAGUCGAUCGACCUCUCGCGGUCAGUGCUGGCUCCUCUCCUGUCGAGGCAUACGAAAGUGAUUCCGAAUUCCCAUUCGGUCAUGAGGAGGACUCCAACAACAGAGGACCACCAUUCGAAUGGGAGAUUGUUAUCUCUAACUUUCCUCCAAUGACCCCACAAAGAGCUGCUAUGCCCAUCAGAGUUGAGAGAGUCUUCUUAUCGGCAGACAACAAGAACUUGAUCGGAACUGUCGCUGUUACCAACUUGGCUUUCAACAAAAUGGUUGUUGCUAGAUUUACAUUGGAUUACUGGAAGACCACAUCGGAAGUCGUUGCUGAAUACAACAAUGACAUCCGUCAACCAAAACACAAUGACGGAUGUGAUCGUUUCAACUUCAACAUCAAACUUGCUGACCAAGCAAACCUUGAAGCAAAGACCAUGUUCUUUUGUGUAAAGUAUUGUGUCAACGGUGUGGAGUACUGGGACAACAACAACUCUACCAACUUCCAGAUUGAUUUCCGAAAGAAGGCAAAGCCACAAAAUGGAAAGAGAGGCUCACCAGCAGCAGCAUCAAGAUCGGCCAACUCAUUACCGAGAAGUAACAAGAAGUCGCCGCCAGCUUCUUCAAAGAAGACGCCAACCUUUGACGACUUCUCUAAUGACUUUGAUUCGAAAUAUUUGAGUACCAACUUCAAACUGCCUGUCGCAGAUUACCUUGGAGAUUCAAAUACAGUAAGAUUGAAGGGAGUCAAAUCUGCUGUUACCUUGGCAUCUGAUAACCGCAGCCGACGUGCACCAAUGAACACGAACGCAGCUGGUGGUCAAGCUUUUGGUCACAGAUACGACUUCGGUGCUUCACUUAAUGCUGCCAUUAGUGCUGCCAACUCUUCCCUCGGUGACAAGAGUGGUAUUACGAUGAAGUCAAAGAGACCUGCACCAAUAAGUGAACCGAGAAAGUUUAUUGAUCACGAUGAACAAGUAUCACCACUUUCAAUGCAAGCUCCCAAGACUUUUCACAAUACCACCCCAUCCAAGCCUUUACCUUCAGCAAAGACAAACAGCAGUGGAACAGAUUCGCCAAGACCCGUUGGUACUGAGAAGCCUGUACUGGCAUCACAAUCAUACAAUGAACUUCUCGACAAGUAUUGCUUCUUUGGGUCAGUGAAGAACUCGCCACAAUUGAAGGAUGGUACUGCGAGGUCUGGUCAAUAUGAUGGAAACAAUGAUGAUGGUUACCUUUUUGGUUCUGCCGAGUCUACUGCGAGCAACUCACCAAUCACCAUGGCACACAUUGAUAGUCGACCUUCGCCUCAUUCAUCUGGAGUAAGCCCUCAAGGUACUCGUUCUACAUCGCCUGCUCCUAUGACAGGCUUUGUUUCGGGUACGUCUUCGAUGUAUCCUUACCACAUGCAUGGUGGUUUUUCUUUCAACGACGCUCAUGCAGCAACAGCAAUCCGAGGUUGAACAAUUUUCUAUGAUGAUUCAAAUCACUGAGUCGAUGAAAACGAUAAAAUGCCCCUAUUUACGAUGACGAUCAUGAGAAUUCUGAUCAUGAAACGAAAAUCUAAUUCUUUCCCAAGAUACUUGUAUCAUUGAUGGAUCAAAUGAAUCACCUCUUAAUUGAGUUGUGAUUCUUUUGUCUCAUUACAAACCUUUUCCCCUCUCGACUGUUAAUAUAUCUCUCUCUCCUUACGAAUACGACCUUCUCAAUUCAUAUUUGUUUAGCAUUUUUGCAAAGGGAGAUAUUUGGGCAGCAUGCGAAUGAAGGGAAAGUGGGUCAUACUUUUAUGAUCCUCUUGCUUUAACAUUUUGCUUUUGUACUUUUUAGCGUUCCUACUUUUUCAUUGGGUGGUUGCGUUUUUUUCGUUUCUUGCAUGUCCUUUAUUUUCGAUGCGCUGCUACCUACUACUGGUUCACAUUGGUCUUGGUCUGUUCUAAUCUUUCGGACGGACCCGGUUAUCUUAGACUUUGGAGUUUAUUUGCUUUGGGAAUUUGGUCGGUAAAUUGUUCUUUCUCCAAUCGUUUGAUUGAGGGAUAUCAAAGAGAUUAUCACUUUCACCGUCUCGAAUGAGAAAUGAUGAAAAUGAUUGAUCCUUUGGUUAUUAUAUCGCUCGCAUGGACUGAAGUGGUAGCAGAAAGCAAGAGGAUGAAUCAAGGACCAUAAAAGUUUAUUUUUUAUUGGGUGGGUGAAUGGAAAGGGGAACCC